ACAAAGAUGUGAUAAACGCUCCAGUCUUUGGAUUGCGAAUAAGUUUUAUCGAUUUAUUCGUUUAAAUCGAGACAAAGUUCAAUUAAAGCAGUGGAAAAUGUCCUUAUUGUCCCUCGGAUUAUCAAGAAAACAUCGAAACAAAGUGACAACCGAUAGUAUCAAGUGAACAAAAACAACACUUCAAGAGUUUGAUAGAGUUUGGCGUCAUUCCGUAAUUUUUUUCUUCACUUGUAUAGAAAAAAACAACUGAAAGGCCAACAGCGCGCUGUGUGUGACUGCCCUCGGACGGGUGUCGAAAAGUUUUCAGUUCCUUCACACCUGCGCAAUCGUCAAGUUCGCGAUUUCGAAUCACAAACGUAAUCGAAAAAAAAAGAUUUGUUUUACAUGAAACGCCAAUCGGUUCGAUCUGCGGGAAAGUUUGAAAAAAACUUGGCGACAGUGAGUUAAAUUAGUUGCAUCCGGUGUGGCCUUGUGAGUGAAUAGUAUCUGUGUUAUCUGCGGCACUGCACAACAGGAGGGGAGAAAUUGCCAUAAAUUUUCCCCGUUGCUCUCCUAUACGUGCUCGGAUGAUAAUCAUAAAUUAAUGAAAGUGGAUCUGGGUUAGUGCUGCUGCUGGUGGUGGUACUGCUGGAGCAAAAGAAGAAAAAUUGAUGAAUUAUGAUCCGGAAUAGUGUACCAAAUUGAGUUUUCUGUGCGUUUGACAGUAUGACUUCGACUCCGUCGCCGGAAGGCGAAGAUUUUCCCGGAAGGCUGCUGCAUCAGGCUGCCCUAUGGGACAACGUGGAACUGUUGGAGGAUCUGCUCCAGGAAGAAGCGCAUCUGCUCGAUUGUCUGGAUUCCUGGGGACGUGCCCCGAUUCAUGCUGCCGCCAUCACGGCCGACUCCCGGUGUCUGCCGAUGCUAAUCAAUGCCGGUGCUAGUGUGGAUGCUAUCUGUGGUCCACGAGGGGAUUGUAAGAGUGCUCUCCAUUUAAGUGCUGAACACGGGCACGUGCAAAAUGUCCAGCAACUGUUGGAUGCUGGAGCGUCCUUUAUAGCGAAAGAUCGGAACGGGUUGACGGCACUGGAUUUGGCUGAACGUAGCGGGCACGAGGAUUGUGUUGGUUUGCUGAAACAGGCGGCAGACACCCGCGAACAGAUCCGGGCCCAGAAGCACAAAAGCCUCCGCGAAGCGGUAACCAGUUCGGAUGAGACCCUGGUUCAGCUACUGCUGGACAACAUCGGCCCCGAGCGGGAGAUACUUGUAAACAUGGCCCCGGGCGGUGCAAAUACGCUACUUUUCAUGGCUUCCCAGAAUGGAUCGGAAAAGGUGGUGCAGCUGUUGUUGAAUGCCGGAGCCGAUGGAAGGGCACAUGCCGUAACAAAAUAUUCACCGCUCUACACGGCGGUGCACAAUGGACACACGAAGGUUGCGGCUAUGUUGCUGCAGCGGUUUCCGGAAUUGGUACAGCUUCUCACCGUGGAAAGAUGGUUACCGUUCCACGCGGCUUGUAUCAAUGGACACUGCCCGGUGGUGGAACUGUUAAUAAAACAUUCGUACCCGGAGGAGUUGAUUAGCUCGUACAGGAAUCCUAGUGGCGAGCUCGAGUGGCGCCUCGCUUUCGAUCCUAACACUCAGGAUGUGACCGGGCAAACGGCUUUGUACGUGAGUUGCCUGCUUGGCAAUCGUCAGCUGGUGGAGAUGCUUCUGAACUGGAAGGUUCGCUGUGUACGUCAUACGCUGGGCGAUGGUGAAGAUGAAUCGGAAGAGCCAGUCCGUGGUACGGAUGCCCUCAGUCCAUCGGCUAAUCCGUUGAGUCCUGCUACUCGAAGAAUUUCCUUCGGCAUUCAAUCGAUCAUGUCUCGGUUAAGUUUGGGUCGGGAUAACGGCGAUGAAAAGGAUGAGAAUGUGGAAAUGAGGUGUCCAUUUGAUCUGAACAUUCUAUGCGGUGCUGCCCGAGAGACGGCCCUACUUGCGGCUGUUCGGGGAGGCUUUCUUGACGUGGUAACUCUGCUGUUGCAGAAUGGUGCCGAUCCUAACGUGAUCGCUCGUGCGGUGGAUGAUCAAAAUGAUCCAAAAAUGUCAGAUGAAAUCUAUGGCUUCUCUAAUGUUCCUUUGGCGGAAGCUACCCGCCAAAAGUCUCUUGCUAUGGUUGAUCUGCUACUCAAGUACGGCGCCAAAGAUGAUCAGUCCAUCGCUCUCAGCAUCGCUAUCCAGAACUCCGACGAACAAAUAAUUUGCCGGUUGCUAUCCAUCAAAGCUCACGCAGAUCCGGAUUACAAAAUCAAUAAAAAAGCCCUGACCCAAGAAGCUGAAUACAGCUCACUGCCCUUGGUGGGAAGUUUCACCUAUAGUUCACUCUUUCCCAGCACUGCAACAAUGAUCAACUGGCACAGUAACAAUUGUCGCCUGUCGGCUAUCAAAAUGUCCUGGCUUAGUGAAGCCGUUCUGCAGUGUAAUCCAAAGCUUAAAGGUCACCCUCGAUGCCACAAACUAGCGCUCGGAGCGUUAACACGCAUCGACAUCUCGCACAAUUGUUUAUCCAAACUCCCAGCGGAAAUCUUCGCCCUCGGAAGUCUGCGCUAUCUCAACGCAGCUCAAAAUGUUUUAGAACACCUCCCGCUUCCGGAAGAGAUCGACCCAUCGCAUCAACAACAAAAACGUCAUCCCCCUAAAUUAGCUCAAAUCGAGUACAACUGCCCGGUCCUGGAGGAACUCUACCUCCAGGAUAACCGUCUCGAAUGCAUUCCACCUCGAAUUUUCCUCCUUCCCAACCUCACAAUCCUAGAUGUUUCGAACAACAAACUUCAGGAGCUCCCCUUCGAACUAUGGAAAUCCCCAAAGCUGAAAGAGUUCAACAUCGCCUUCAAUUUCCUGAAAGAUCUCCCCUCGCUUCCAAACAUCGCGGAAAUCGCUGCCGACGCAACCGAACCACCCUCACCCGUAACCGAAGCAUGCCUCUUUCACGCAUACUCCUACGAAGACAACAUUGAUUCUCUGACCCGCAACCGUAACGUCGCUAGUUUGGAAAUUGUUAAACACCACAUCUGGUCCAAAUCGCUCGAAGUUACCGAUCAGGAACUGCGCCUCCCGGAUUCCAAAAACGAUCACACCGUCUCCCAGCUUAGUAGUCUGAAUCUUGCCAACAAUCUGUUCACCAGCAUUCCACUAGCUCUGCCCUGUCUGGCUGUGAAUUUGACCCGACUCAACAUGUCCUACAACAGCCUUCGCUCGAUGGGACACGUCACCAGUUACCCGGCUUCGCUCAAGCAGCUAGAUCUCGGUCACAACGAAAUUAGCUGCUGGCCUAGUUUGCCAAGAAUAGCUGCCUCCGAUCCGCAUCUGAUGUGCUACAAUCCACAGGAACCGAAGAAAAAUUCCUCGAAAAAUUCGGUGGCUAGCAGUAGUGGGAGUUCGGGAACUCCCUAUUCGAACGAGGUUACCGUUAUUAAAUCAUCUACCAGUUCUAAUAACAUAACUUCGUUGAGGACCGCGGUGCUGAAAAGUGUUUGCGUCCAUCGGAGGCACCUACGGUUGGAGUCCCUGCGGACGCUGGUUCUGGCGGAUAACUCUUUGACUAGAAUACAGUUAUCGACGGAUGAUGUGACAACCCUGGGAGAAUCCGAGGACGCCGAGUGGAGUUUAAUUGGAGUAGCAAAGUCCCGGUUGAUCUUCCCUAACCUGUCGAUGUUGGAUAUUAGCAACAAUUCGCUUAAAGAGAUUCCACCGUCGAUUCACGAGUUGACGAAUUUAAGCGUGUUGAAUAUUAGUGGGAAUAUGGACGUGACGGAACUUCCGCCACAUAUGGGACUACUGUCCAGGUUGUGGAAUCUUAACACACGCGGUUGUUCCCUACAGGAUCCACUGCGGUCGAUGAUCGACAGCAAGAAGUACAAAACGAUGGAUAUUAUUGGGUAUUUGAAGUCGGUUUAUGAGGAUGCACGACCAUACGCGAGGAUGAAGCUGAUGGUGGUCGGAGUGCAGGGAAUUGGGAAAACCAGUUUGCUGGAUCAGUUGAGGAAUGAGGGUCCGACGAGGAAUAAGAAGCAGGUCGAUCACUGGGCUAAACGGAUGGGUCAUAAAAAUAUCAACACGAAAACUAGCCGGGGGAUAAAUAUGUCCACGGUUGGGGUUGACAUUGGCGAUUGGGUUUGCGAGAAGAAGAUUCGGGGACAUUCGACGCACGGACCGGUGGUGUUUAGGACGUGGGACUUUGGUGGACAGAAGGAGUACUAUGCAACGCAUCAGUAUUUUCUGUCCAAGAGGAGUCUGUAUUUGGUGCUGUGGCGGAUUAUCGACGGUCGGAAGGGUUUGGCUGAGGUUCUGCAGUGGUUGGGUAAUAUUCAGGCAAGGGCACCGAAUUCUCCGGUGGUUAUUGUUGGAACGCACUACGAUGCUGUUGGAGAAACGUUACCUGCGAAGAAAGCGGAAGAACUGCAGCAGGUUAUCCGAGAUCGAUUCAUAGCGGUAUCGGAUGCGGAGAAGAUUGGACUGCCGAGGGUGCUGGAUUCGAUCGAAGUGAGCUGCAGAACUGGGCAUAAUAUAAAGUUGCUGGCGAAUUUGAUUUACGACACGGCUUUUUCGCUUCGGCCGCCGGGUUGCAAGGAACCUUUGCUGUAUCAACGAGUUCCGGCGAGUUAUCUGGCGUUGGAGGAUGUUGUGGGAACAAUUUCUUCUUCACUAAAACAGUUUGGGGCCGAUCCGGUUCUGGAUGCCGAACGGUAUCGGCAGAUGGUGACGCAGGAAAUGCAACUACGGGGUUUCAAGGGUUUUCGGGAUUGGUCCGAGUUGAAUCAGGCUACCAUGUUUCUGCACGACAAUGGGGUUGUACUGCAUUAUGACGAUGCGACGUUGAGGGAUUUGUACUUUCUGGAUCCGCAGUGGCUGUGUGAUAUGCUGGCACAUGUCGUCACCGUUCGGGAGAUUAAUCCGUUCGCUAGGACGGGCGUUAUGAAGAUGGAUGAUUUGCAGCAUGUUUUUAAGAGUUCCUGUUUGGGAACGAGUGAUAACCGAGGCUACAUUGUAAGCUUACUGAAUAAGUUUGAGGUUGCGCUUUCGUGGGAUGCUCGAACGUUACUCAUUCCAUCGUUGCUCCCUAUUGAAGAGGACAGUACAGCGGAGAGGGUGGUCACAGUGAAGAUCGCAACCCGAUCCAGAGGAUGGGCCAUGCGUACCCGCCGCAACCCAGUCAACGCCAACUUUCCAGCCUACGAACCGCUUCUGUCGGAACCUCAAACUCCGGUACUGAGUAACGCCUGCGACAUCCAAACCUUGCCACGUCCGGAAAAAUCCAUCUUUCGCCUGCUCCUAAUGUCCUACUUUCCAUCGGGUUUCUGGUCCCGACUAAUUACCCGAGUCCUAGCGGACGAUCUGGUAGUCGAAGCAAUUCGUUCUCUGUACCCACUACCGAAAGAGCUAACCUCCGAUCCGGACAUUAAUCAGAUGUUGAACCUGAACUCACACUGGGCCGUUUGGCAAACUGGGCUCGCUCUGUACUGCGGAUCGACGCUGGUCUUCAAAAUGAGAGAGAUCUCGGUAGCCUGUCCCAACUCUCCCUAUCGAAACCCGAUGAACAGGUUCAAACUGAAGCAGGACGGUGUAUGGUGCGAUAUUGAUCUAACCUCCACUUCUAUCCUGGAAAUCUACUUUCCCUGCCAUGGUCAAAACAUACGGAAACUGAACGAGAUCGGAGUUGAGCUUAGUGCGGUGGUAAUCGAGGCCAACAUUCAGUGUGUAACGCAGCUGCUCGCUCAGAGUGUAGAUCACAUCGAUCUACUGCUGGAGGAUUGGUACCCAACGCUGGGUACGAGAUUUGUGCACACUUCGGAGGGUCGCUUUCUGGUGACUCGGUUGGUACCUUGUCCAAAGUGUCUCCGGGAUUGUGAAGAUCGCCACGUUCCGAAUUUCCCCUCGCAGGUGAAACCGAGUACGGGAGGAACGAGCGGUCAUCGACCAACGCUUCACAAACUGCUAAGUGCCGAUCGACGGGCUGAAUUGGGUGAACCGAGUGGGUUGAACGAACUGCCAGGAAUAUUGAAUGAAUUGGUUUCGGCUCGAAAGUCGCAGGAUUCCGUUGGAUGGUCCGAUUGUGAUUCAGGCGUUGGGCAAGAGUCAGCCGAUAGUUCGCGAGCGACCUCCAUCGAGGGGCAUCCACUAGUCAAUGCAGGAGAUCUGCCGGGACCUCCGUCCUAUUCGUGGAUGGUUGAGGAAUGCAUUCUGGCAGCGUACGACAAACGGUCGGUUGCUUGUCCUAUCCAUGGAGAGAUUGAACUGAGUCGGAUUACACCGGAUGUCAAUUUCAUGGACCUCUCGGAAAGCUACCUGAUCAAAUCGGAGGACGUCAGCCGUGGUCCUCUGCUGGGACGAGGUGCAUUCGGAUUUGUUUUCAAAGCGACCUGCAAAACUCGAGGUUCGAAAACCGUAAUUCCGGUUGCGAUGAAAAUGCUUCAACCGGUCGCACCCGGACCGCGAGCCCGACAAAGUGCCAUUAUAGCGUACAAAGCUGCUCUGGGGAAAUGGGAGCGUGAUCCGUUGCAGCAUUCGUGUAAAGCGUACUGUACCGCUAGACAGGAACUAGCAGUGCUUUUAACGCUUCGACAUCCGAAUAUCGUUCCCUUGGUGGGUGUUUGUACCCAACCACUGGCGCUGGUUCUGGAUUUGGCUCCGAAAGGGGCUUUGGAUGCGGUGUUGAGACAUUUCCGCCGAAGUGGAGCCCGCAUCGGUCCGUACUGUUUCCAGUCGCUAGUCCUACAGGCUGCCAAAGCAAUGGAGUACCUGCACCGACGGAGAGUCAUCUAUCGGGAUCUUAAAGCGGAGAACAUUCUGGUUUGGGAGUUCCCUGAACCACAUGCCGACGAUCAUCCGUCCAACUCGGUUCACAUUAAGGUGGCAGACUACGGCAUCAGCCGUAUCACGCUACCUUCCGGCUCCAAAGGUUUCGGAGGUACCGAAGGCUUCAUGGCCCCGGAAAUUAUGCGUCACAAUGGUGAAGAGGAGUACACGGAAAAGGUUGACUGUUUUUCGUUCGGCAUGUUCCUGUACGAACUGAUUGCACUGAGACAACCAUUCGAAGGACACGAAGCAGUUAAAGAGUGCAUUCUAGAAGGAGGUCGUCCGGUGCUGACGCAACGUGAAACCCAGUUUCCGUCCUACUGUUUGGAUUUGAUGGUGCUCUGUUGGGAUCAGCAGCCAAAGGUUCGUCCCUCCGCUAGUCAGAUCGUAUCGAUCGCAAGUGCCCCGGAAUUCACUCAUUUGAUUGAUGUAAUCUCGCUGAAUCAUGCGGGAAACACGAUGGAUGGAAUCGCGUGUCAAAUAGCAAAUGUGGACGAUGAAACGGUUGUGUCCGCCCACGAACUGUGGCUACCCUGUUCGAACUCCCGAAUCGACAUCCUGCUCGGAUCGAUGAAAGGUUGGCAGCAGUACCAUCGAAUACUUUGUCCUUUGAUAACAACUCCUGUGAAGACGGUUGGGAGUGGAGGAAGCGGAUACCACUCCCAACCGACAACCCCGCACCAGAUAAAACAAACCAAGCUUAUGACAGCAUGCAUCGUUGAAAGAGCCGUCUGGGUCGGAGAUGCUGAGGGUAAUAUUUACGCUUUCAAUGUUUCUGACUGCGCACAUCUGUUCUCGUAUGCGCUGGAACCGGCACAACCUUGUCCCGUUGUUGCCUUGGUUUAUCUUAAAAAAUUCAACCGAGUGGCUGCUGGACUGGAGAACGGUCGUCUCUUUCUGCUGGAUUCGACACUGGUGCCGAGCACGUACGUACUGGCCGAAGGUAGCUUCGUUCUUUCCGAGUUGGGUUCUGGAGAGCGAUUGUAUAGCGUUUGUCCUCUGUGGAAGAAUGAAACGGAUUGUGAGCUGUGGUGUGGGGACGCUGACGGAGCGAUGAAUGUGUUUUCACUGAAAAAUUCCCACGUGUCUGGUCAGCAUCAGUUGACACAUUUUCCAGCUCCGCUACCGACGCGAGGUUUGACGGUUGGGCUGCUGUGUGCAUCGGAUGAUUACGUUUACUCCUAUGUGGCACCCGGCUGUAUUCUGUACCAGUGGAGCUCGACGGGGAAGCAAAUUGAGAACCGGUUGGACUGUUCGAAGCUGGUGCCGUGUUCGGAGAGCUUGAAGAGCAUUGCCAUCGAUGAGCAUCUUAGUCCCGGGAAGUGUCAGGUUAGCGCAAUGGCGGCCCUGAACGGCGAACUGUACGUCGGUACGACCUGGGGAUGCAUCAUCAUCGUGGAAAAGCAAACCCUACGACCGAUCACAAUUUUCCGCCCAUUUGAGGAGGACGUUCGCUGUAUCGUUCCAUUGUACGGGGGACCCUGUCCGAUGCUGGUAACCAUUGGACGUGGCUACCGGUCGCUGAUCGAUCGGUAUACGGACUUCACGACCGGGCAGGUAACUACGCCGUCGUCGGCUGCCUCCCAGGAUAAACGCUUCAAGGAGUCACUGCUGAAGGACCGAUCGAACAACAUGCACGCCUUGAUCUGGACGGCGGAACACUGGACGCCCUUUUAAAGUUUUAGAUUAGAUGUUUAAACUUUUUCUGUGAUUUUAACAAUAGAUUAUAUGCAUCCUGUUUCCGAUAUUCAGAUUAUCCAAAAAAAAGACAGUUUAUCAUUAACUCCUAACGUGUUUUUGAAUGAGCAAUUAACCGUGAUUCAGAUGUGAGAUUGAAUAAAAACCAGUUUGCUAAUUAUCCGAAAAAUAAAGUUCUUCAUUACUA